GACGAUAUUGAAUACAAUUGGGAACAGAAUAAUAGCAUAAGUGAUGGCAUCUCUUUGCCUAACUUUAAGAUAGAAGGCUAUAAAAUGGAUAAAUACAUCUCAUACUCAGCACUCGGUGGUUACUGGCAAUUAAAGUUUGAAAUAGUAUUUAAGCGGUCGAUCGCAUACUAUAUAAGCCAGGUAUAUUUGCCGGCGUUUAUGAUCGUGGUGGUGUCGUGGCUGCCAUUCUGGUUGAACCCAGCUGAUUCAGUGGCCAGAGUGGGACUGGGCAUCACUACUGUGCUUACAAUGACAACUCUGGUCACAAACACCAACGAAUCGCUGCCUAAGAUAUCGUACACCAAAUCAAUAGACAUUUAUUUGGGCGUCUCGUAUGCACUCGUAUUCCUGGCACUCAUUGAAUACGCUAUUGUCGGACACUUUGAACGUAAAAUUAGUAAACAAUUGAAAGGUCGAGUGGUUGUGGCGCUCAACACAACUCUAUACCAAUUUCAAGGCAUACCAUACGCUGAGCCACCCAUCGGUGCGCUCAGGUUUCCUAAGGGAGUGGUAUUUGUUGUCCCGAACUAUAGUUUGAAAUACUUUGGUUUCUUGAUUCUCAAUUAA